GUCAUCCCCUUCCUCGAUUUCUCGAGUCUGCCUCAGCUAUCUACGUGCCCGUCGGUCUGGAGCAUGUACCAUACAUACUUACGUACAAGGAUACAGGCAGACGUUCGAGACACGUUCCACCGCUCGGGCUUCAGCGUGGCGCUCUGCGACGAGUUGCGAUGAGCGAUCCCAGCCAACCAAAUAGCCAAGCCGGCUCGAAUAUACAACCGUUGAUAGAGACCCCCGCGCUCGUAUCCCAUGGCUCCUCUACUUCUACGGCCGCGGCCGUGGCGCCGUUUGGAAACAGCGUUGCUCGAAUUAACGUCUCAUGUAUUGUCUCGCCAGAAUCCAACCAGUAUAUUGUCGGCCGUGCUGAUAAGGACGCACGCCACCCCCCGUCGGGAUAUCCGAGUCCCGUCCCUGCCUCUAGUCGCGGCGCAAAGCGUCCUCGGGUGGAACGUGAAGACGACGGGGGAGAAUGCCAAUCUAAGCGCCAGCAGUGUUCCCCCGCGACGCCACCUACUGGUCCUUUCCAGGUCCUCAAGCCUACCAAACCUGGUGGUGUAGGCGACCAUCACCUAAUCUCUAACACGUUUGCCUGCCACGACGCCGCCCUAAGCCAGUUAGCAAGAUAUCAACACCCGUAUAGGCCGGCUUACCUACAACAAAUGGCCCCUCAACAGACUCCAAAGCCAGGUGGUGGGUCCCAGUAUCAGGCCACUCGGCAUCUAGAAGUCGGCUCCGCGGCGGGAUCGGACAUAACCCGCGAUCCUCCCCUUGCCAAUGACCGCUUUCUCGUCCCAGCCACGACUGCCUCCGCUCGUAGGACAGCUUAUGCUGCCCGGAGCUCAAGCCACGGCGAUCUAACUGACACACCAACGGAGCCACGCGAACAUACCCCACUGAGCGGUACAAGACUACGGGCGGAGAAGCGUGGCAAUGAGUGUGCAGGAGCCACGGCUGUGCUGGAUAGGCUGCCUGGCGACGCUAUUACUGACUGGAAAGAUGAAUAUCCAGUCGACGGCUUGAUGGAAGAGGAGAUGGCAUGCCUUCUUGAUACGGCCCUGAAUAGUGUUUGGGAAGCACAGGUCCCGCCUUCCAGUGUCACUAAAGACUGGGACCGUGACUCGAGAUCGGCCACCGAAUACGAUGCAACUCUGCAGCACUCAUCACCACCGAUUUGCUCGGAAAAGCCGAAGGCGACGCAGGGGGGUCUACAAGGAGUAGGGAGAGUAGAGGAGCCUGGCGAUGUUGAAGACGACCUGCUUGAUGAGGGCGUUGACUGGAAUGCAGUGUAUGCCGCGGUAAGUACGAUACCGGACAAUGCAUCGGCUGUCAACUGCCGGGAUGCGCCGCGGUCGUCGUCCGUGGAUCAAAUUUCGCCCGUACAUAAUUCUGGCGAGGUCCGUCCCGGCGUGGGGGAUGAGACGCGCUUGAGACCGUUCGUCCGGCCACCAUUCCCCGAGAAGGUUCGUGAUGGUUCUGCGAUCUUAGGUUUGUCCUCGAAUACGGUCCUCAGGACCUGUUUCCGGGUAGGGGAGAUGAUCAACCAGUCUGUAAGAUGUUUAACUCGCCAACACGAUGCCGUGUUCGAACUGUUCGCGAGGGUAACAUAUUCGAACCGCGAGAACCUAGAGAGGAGGCAGCACUUCCAAUUCGUCGACCUAUUUAAGGACCAACGGCCAUACCCCGCAGGAAUCCUUACGGGGUGGAGGGUCGGUGGCCGACUCGACCGUCAGAGCGCAGCCUUCCUACCUGUAAAAGCCGAACCUAGGAUCUGCCGUUGCUUAUGCAGGCCAAAGAGAGACCCCAAGGCAGCAACAGGGCUGAUUCUCACGAUCAUAAGUAUCCGGGAAGCCGACUGGACGCAGAUUCGAUGGGCUAAGAAGCUAGUGUGCGGGGACCCGGACGGGACCGCGAUGGCUUCUCAGGAUAUCCGAUCUGGGGAAUUGAAAGCCCGGGAUACAUGACGUAUUGGCAGCAGGAGAGGAAGCACAAGGAAGCAACCUGUAGUACUGAGGUCUCACAGAACGGACAUAUAUCUGACAGAUGACUAGUAGAUUGGGCGCACCAAAACCUGCAGGCAGAAGCUGACGGGCAUGCUGAUAGCGCUCGAAAUGAAAAGCAGGGAAAGCCAGACAAUGGGCUGUGUGGCUCACACAACCUCCCUGCCUACCUGCGGACCACGUAGUACGUGCUUUUGUCGGUGAGCCAAUGGGCUCGAAGGUGCCUUGGUGUGGUACAUAGAUAGACAGAUCGGUAGGCUGGACGGGAUGCUUAAGCACCGGGCUUAUUGCACGGCAAGCGAGACGGGAAGAGUCUGGCCAACUGGCCAAGGGGCGUCUUGUCAGAAGUGGUUGUUUGGGCAUCCUACGCUGGCAUCAACUGCCCAUUGUUGCCAGGCAGCUUGAAGCUUCGAGGUUCGACUUCUCCUACGGGAACAAACGAUGGGGCGAUAGGAAGACGGGGGUAGGGGGCUUGUCCAUGCCGGGGGCUUUCAGGGG